CAAGUCUCCGACUCUCCGCCGACCCGCCGCCACUUUUUUCCCCACCUUUAUAUUUUCCUCCUAUUUCUCUUCUAUUUGUGUUCUUAUGACCUUUGGCUCUCUCCGUUCCUCCCGUUUCCUCCUCCCUCGUCGCCUAGCAAUCCAAUCCUUCCUCCAUCUGCCUGCCCUCUCUACCCUCGUCCCCAGCUCCAUUCCCGACCCUCUCCUCGGACUCCUCCCCCGUCCGUUCGCCGCCGCAGCAGCCAUGGCGCAGAAGAUCGGCAAAUCCGUCCGCCGGCCAGGCGCCCCCUCCCUCGCCAGGGUCUAUGCCGACGUCAACGUCCAGCGCCCCAAAGAUUACUGGGACUACGAAUCGCUCACCGUCCAAUGGGGGGAACAAGAUGAUUACGAGGUCGUUCGGAAGGUUGGGAGGGGAAAAUACAGCGAGGUUUUCGAAGGGGUUCACAUCACGAAUAAUGAGAAAUGCAUUAUUAAGAUUCUAAAGCCAGUCAAAAAGAAAAAGAUCAAGAGAGAAAUAAAGAUAUUGCAAAACCUUUGUGGUGGACCCAACAUUAUCAAGUUACUUGAUAUUGUCAGAGAUCAGCAAUCAAAGACUCCUAGUCUGAUUUUUGAAUAUGUCAACAACACUGACUUUAAAGUUCUCUAUCCAACAUUAUCAGAUUAUGAUAUUCGAUACUAUAUUUAUGAAUUACUAAAGGCUCUUGAUUAUUGCCACUCCCAAGGCAUCAUGCAUCGGGAUGUUAAACCUCAUAACGUUAUGAUAGAUCACCAACAAAGAAAGCUUCGUCUUAUUGACUGGGGUUUGGCUGAGUUGUAUCACCCAGGACAAGAGUACAAUGUGAGGGUUGCCUCAAGGUACUUCAAAGGCCCAGAACUCCUUGUUGACUUGCAAGAUUAUGAUUAUUCACUUGACAUGUGGAGCCUUGGUUGUAUGUUUGCUGGGAUGAUUUUCCGUAAGGAGCCAUUUUUUUAUGGACAUGAUAAUUAUGAUCAGUUGGUCAAAAUAGCAAAGGUGCUUGGAACAGAUGGAUUAACUGUGUAUCUCAACAAAUACCACUUAGAGUUGGAUCCACAAUUCGAAGCACUUGUUGGAAGGCACAGCAGGAAGCCAUGGGCAAAAUUUAUAAAUCCUGACAACCAGCAUCUUGCAGUUCCUGAGGCCAUUGACUUUGUGGACAAGCUGCUUAAAUAUGAUCACCAGGAGAGGUUCACAGCAAAGGAAGCGAUGGACCAUCCUUAUUUCAAUCCAGUUAGGAGUGCCGAAAGCUCCAGGAUCCGUACUUAAACAUUCAAGCUGAAUAGUUUUCUGUGUCCGUUAAGUUUAUUGUAAUCACUGUUGUGCAUUUUUGCAAAUUCUGUCCACGGUUGUUGAAUCACAUGGCAUGAAUACCGGCACUUAUUUAGCCAUUUUAGCUAUUUUGUUGAGUGAUCUACUGUUCCACAAGUUAUCUUCUUCAAGCCUAAGUUGAAGCAAGCAGUCCAUUAUUUUCAUCUGAACAGCACAUUAGCAACUCAGAUAGUUUGACAAAUUCGUCUUUAAUUGAAACAAGGAUACGGUUGUAUGAUCCUACUUUCAAUUGUUGUCCUUUAUUUUUUUGUACCAACGCUCGGUAUACACUUACAUGCCAAAAUACUACACUAUCGUUAUGAAGUUA